AAUUUCCUGCCCCGCGUUCUGUUCCCGUAAAGAAUCUGUUGAAAUGGCGGAUGUAAUGAAUGUGGGAGUCAAUUUGGAAGCAUUUUCACAGGCAAUAAAUGCAAUACAGGCGCUUCGUUCAAGUGUAACUCGAGUUUUUGACUCUUUGAAGGAUGGAAUGAAAAACAAAGAAACCCUGGAAGGACGGGAAAAGGUUUUCAUCACUGAUUUUCAGGAUAACCUACAGUCGGUGAAUCGGGACCUAAAUGAGUUGGAACGGCUCAGUAACCUGGUUGGCCGACCUUCCGAAAGCCAUCCCCUUCACAACAGUGGCUUGCUGAGUUUGGAUCCUGUUCAGGACAAGACCCCACUCUAUAGUCAGCUACUGCAGGCAUACAAGUGGUCAAAUAAGCUGCAGUACCAUGCUGGUCUGGCUUCCAGUCUUCUGAACCAGCAGUCACUGAAGCGCUCUGCUAACCAGAUGGGUGCCUCCGCCAAGAGACGACCGAAAGUCCAGCCCAGCACCCUGGUCCUGCCACCGCAGUAUGUGGAUGAUGUUAUAUCAAGGAUUGGUAGAAUGUUCCCAGAUAUGACCAUUGAACUCUUUAGACCCAAUGGGACAUCGGCAGUACUUCUGGUGACUUUGGGGAAAGUACUGAAAGCAAUUGUGGUGAUGCGAAGCCUAUUUAUUGACCGCACUAUUGUGAGGGCGUUCAAUGAGAACUUGUACGCUGAAGAUGGCAAGCUGGACAUCUGGUCAAAGUCCAACUACCAGGUAUUUCAGAAGGUUACAGAUCACGCCACAACUGCUUUGCUACACUACCAGCUGCCCCAGAUGCCUGAUGUGGUCGUAAGGUCCUUCAUGACCUGGCUGAGAAGUUUUAUCAAGCUGUUUCAGACACCUUGCCAGCGAUGUGGCAAGUACCUGCAAGACGGCCUGCCUCCAACCUGGAGGGACUUUCGCACCCUGGAGGCCUUCCAUGAUAGCUGCAGACAGUGAAGGAUACAGCGGGGUUAGGAGGCCUUGGAUCCAGGGUAAACUGUGCCAGAUGUGUUAACUCCACUGAACUAGUCCAAGGAAAACAUAAUAUAUCGUUUUAUAAAAAUCUUUCUCUGGGAUAGUUGGGCAGUGUGCAUACCAAGAUUCAGAAUUUCUUCCUUAUGUUCCUAGAUUUUUCCUAGACAGACUAUUUCAUCACCAACUUUAAAAUACCACCAACCAUUAGCCAAUAGAGUGCUUACACUGCGAUAUCCUUUGGAUUUGUUUGUCCUUUGAAGGUUUGUGUUGUUUUGUUUGUUUUAUUGUUUAUACAUGGGUCUAUAGCUAGGUCUUGUAGGCCAUGUACUUAUUAUGGCCCAUGUGCGAUACCCUUGGUUGCAAAAAAUAAAUUACUUUUAUUUAAAAAAAAAACGUUAUUUAUUUUCAUUUCAGUCCAUUCCUCACAAAUAUUCAGCAUAUACAUUAUUUGAAUCUAAAUUAAAUAGUGGGUUGACGUGAUUAUAACCUCAGUGUUUUCUAAACAAGUCCACCUGUACAAAUAAGUAUUUCUUUGUACAAAAAGUUGUCCAGCUUCAGUGUCUGAAUAAAUGCGCUGAAAUAAUGUCUUCAUUGGAAAAAAGUACUUUUCUGUUAUCAAAUUCAAAUUUAGGAAAAAUAAACUAUUAAUCAAAGCUUUCCUUUACAAAUUCAACACCAAAACUGCACAAUAGUAGGAAAAGUAUGUUAAGUACUGCAAGAAUUUGUUCAAUGAUGAAUAGAUAUUUCAUAUUCA